AUGCCGCCAGCAGGGAACACCGGUGGAAACAGCAGAGAGUACAAACAUCGCCAUGCCGUCUCGGAGGGGUCGAGCGGAACAAUGCCAGUGUGUGCAUGUAUCGAAAUACGAGCUUGGGUGACAUCAGGUGACGCCCAACCCGCGGAAGAAUGCAAAAGACGCUCCGUACAUGCAGUCUGGCAGGGCAGGAAGUCUGAUCAAGCUCGUAGUGUCCACUUGCGGCAAACGCGAUGCCGCCAGCAGUUGAGCAGCCCUCGUAAUCAAUUUGGCAAGCUCAACAUGAAAGGCCCGUUAAGAAACAGCUGGCCGAUCUUCGACGGGCCCGGCCCGGCUAGCGUCCGAAAUCCAAAUUUCUGCGGCUCAUGUUUGUCAAAUAACACGAGGCUCAUUCGCGAUUGGAAGGUCUUGAACGCGAGCAUUCCCAAUGGGAGUGCCAGCCAAGAGCUAGCAUCACAUCAACUGGUGCAUAUCUCGACCUCGUUCCGGCCAAGACUCAAAGCCCACAGUACAGCACACAGGGUGAUGAAAACCAUUGGCGCCGUCAACCGAUGUCUUGAUCAAGAAAAGCUGCGGCGCUCAAGUGCUCAGGGACGCCUCGCCUCUCAGAUCAAACACGCUCCGCCCCCAGGCGACCCCGAGGCGACCCUGUCUGCCGCCCUGAUGUCCGAGUGCACAACGCCGUGGCGCGACGCCAGGCCUGCAUCGGGCAAGGAAACGCCGCGGGCGUUUUGA